UAAAACUAAAAUGUAAAUAUACCUUUGUUUUUUCUCAAUUCGUUGACUACUUGAGAAUGAGGUUGCACAUCACAACUCCCAAGUCAAUUCCUCCCCAAUAAAGAAAAGAAAUUGCAAGACCCUUCCGCACGCGCACGCAGCACUAUAAAUAAAUCAACCACGCUAAGGAGGCCAAACGCCAAAGGGCAUUUGUUUGAGUGAGGACUUUUAUCAAACAGAUGGUGGGCAUUAGAGAGGGUCGUUGGGGAUUAGUAAUGGUAGUGGUGGCAGUAAUGGCGAUGGGAGUGGGGGAAGUGAUGGCGCUGACGGCUGCGGAAUGUAAGACGGAGAGAGAUAUGGCGGUGAGGGAGUGUUUAGCAGUGGUGUUUGGGAGGAAUCCGUCACCGGCGUGUUGCGAGAGAGCGAGAGUGAGCCAUACAGAGUGCAUUUGCGCAGCAGUUACGCCUAAGCUUAUGACUUAUGUUGAUCCUAGUCGCGCCAUUCGGCUCAUUCAAAGCUGCGGCCGUAGAGUCCCUCGCCAUUUCAAAUGUGGAAGUUUUACCACUCCAUGAAAUAUAACAUUGGGAUCAUCCAAGCAAACGUCAAGAGAAAAGGAAAAGAAAAAGAUGAAUAGAGAUGAAGAAUUGAUUGAUGUGUGAUUUUUUUUUCUUUUCACUUGUUUGUUUGUAAUUAAUUAAUAUGAAUUGCUUUUAAUUAUGACCUUAGUUAAAAUAAAUAGACGGUUAAAGUUUGUUAAGCUUAAUGUAUUCAAGUUUUUCUUUAUAUAAAUAUAUGAGUGAAGAUAUGAGAUUUGAAUAA